GGGCUCAUUGUACUACCACGAUACAUUGUGAUGGCGUGACUUUAUAGAGUCGCAACCAACUCUUUUCGUAGUCUCGCCAUCCACCAGCCACACCAACAUGGCCUUAACCCCUCCUCCUGCUCUCGAUGACGCGGGGCUACUCUCACAGGUGCUGUGUCCCGCGGAGGUUGCGUACGAAGAGCGUGUUGCAUCUUACUGGUCAAAUACAGCCAAGAAGAGGCCCACAAGGAUCCUUCGUCCGGCGUCAGCUGAAGAGCUCUCGCGCGACCUAGUCACGCUCGUCAAUGCUCGCCAGCUCUUCGCUGUCCGUAGCGGCGGGCACAGCAUGCCGGAAGGGGCCAGCAACAUCGAAGACGGAGUGACCAUCGACCUCGGCCUCAUCGACCAGAUCGUAUUUGACAAAGAGUCUGAGACGGUCCAAGUCGGGUCCGGCUGUUUAUGGAACCAGGUGUACGGAGAACUCCAGAAGCACAAUCGCGCAGUUGUCGGUGGGCGUGCGGGCAGUGUCGGCGUCGGUGGUUUCCUUCUCGGUGGGGGGAAUGCCUGGCUCACGGCACAGAGGGGUUGGGCGUGCGAUAACAUCGUCGCCGCCGAGGUUGUCCUGGCCGACGGUAAGAUCGUAAGUGCCAAUAGGAGCGAUCACGCCGAUCUGCUACAGGUGCUCAAAGGUGGAGGGAACAACUUCGGCAUCGUCACCCGAUUCACUCUUACGACUGUGCCCCUCGAUCAAGUCUGGGCUGGAAUCCUAGUGACCCCUAAAGAUACGAUACCCAAAAUCUGUCGAAUGACCAUGGACUUCGUUACGAAGAUAAAGCAGAACACGGAAAACAAUCUCAUCAUUGUCAUUGGAUACCAACCCGAUCUCAAAGACGUAACUGCGAUCGUGUUAGUGGUUAACACAGCAGGGGUGACGGAUGACCCCAUUUUCGAUGAAUGGAAAGAGCUCCCCAGGAUCACAGAAAUGAUCAAGACGACCUCACUAUAUGACCUCUCUUUCGAGGCUACAUUGCCUAAGGACCAUUAUACGAGUUGGUUCACCCUAACUUUCAAGAGUGACCCGCGCAUCAUGCUCAAGGCCUCUGAGCUUCAUGACGAGCUUGUAGCUAGUCUAAAGUCCUUCAUGCCAGACGGCGACUUCAUGUCACAGUGUACCUUCCAGCCUCUUCCCAUGAUCAUAGCCCAGCAGUCGCUCAGAGCUGGGGGCAACAUCAUGGGUGUCGAAGACAACAAGAGCGACGGAAUUCUGUUCCAGGUGAUUGUAAUCAUGAAGACGGAAGAGCAACAUGCCUUUGCCUAUGCUCAGGCGAAGGGGUACGUGGAGAGUUUGAAAGAGUUCGCGCAAUCGAUAGAGGGCGGGCUCUUCCGUUGGUUGUACAUGAACUACGCGGAUAAGUCCCAAGAUGUUCUCACGAGUUAUGGACCGGAGAAUGUCAAGAAGAUGAGGGAAGCUGCAAAUCAUUACGAUCCGGAUGGGGUGUUCCAAAAGCUGUGUCCAGGUGGAUGGAAGUUACCUGAACUUGACGAUUAAGUUGCUAAUACUUAUUGAUUUACUUCACAGUAGCAUCGUUCAUUUCAACUACUUCAGAUGAACAUUCUGCGGAGUGAGAUAGUAGCUAGCACUCGUCAAAAUAAUUGUCAUGAUCGCGCCCACCAGACUCCCUCGCGCUCAAAACGAGAAAAUUGUAGGAUAGUCGGUGUUUCGCGCCGUCGCCGUCAACACGCCGAG